AUGACCGAACAAAAUACUUCCAUAAGUGAGAAAAAUAAACUAAUCAUUGAUCGUGAAAAGAUUGCACCAUUUUUAUUAAGAGUAUUUUGCAGACCAAGUUAUCAUCACAGACUUGAUGAUUACACACCUGAACAUCUGCCUAUAGAUGAUGAAAUAGCUAAUCUUAUAAAAAAAGUAAAUCAAGAUGCAAGCCGACCGAAUGCACGCCUAUCAUUUAAAUUAGCAUAUAUAGACAAUCUGCGUGGCAGAUAUGUUUUUAAAGAACUUGGAGUUGUACAUAAUUCAACCUCAAGUACUGACGAUGGCAAAAACCUUGACGAUGCAAGGUUUGUUAUUGGUGAUCUUUUGGAUGUAACAGUGCUUUAUGAGGCUCUAUCUGAUAGUGUCAUAGAAAGACAUGAAAGUUUAAGGGAUAGAGAUAGAGAUCAUGAUAAUAGAUAUCGUGGAGGUGGUAGUGGUAGAAAUUUCCGUACACGAGUUGAUAAUAAUAGAGAUUAUCGUGAUAGGGCGAGAAAUCGUGACUCUGAAAGAGAUCAUGAUCGUGAUAGAAACGGAUCAAGAAGAAUUGAUAGAAGAGAUGAUAGAAGAGAUGGAGGAAGGAGUUUUAGAGAUAGAAGAUAA